GGAUUGUGGGCUGGGGGCUGCGGCGGCCUCCGGCGCUGUCUCCCCGCACCCGACCGGGCCGAGCCGGCUGGGCCGGCGGGGUGAGGGAAAGCAGUGGAGCCGGGAGCAGAAGCGCUAGAGGCAGUGGUCGUGGCGCGGCGGCGGCGGCUCCCCUGGAGGCCGGGGAUGUGGGAGAGGCGGUGGCAGCAGCGGCGGAGGCGGCGCUGCGGACCCGGGGGAAACUGCUGGCUGACAGGACACCCGGGAGAGACGUGAGGGAGCCGCCGCUGCCACCUCUCACCCCUGAGUGAAGCUGGGCUCGAGAGGGCGGCCCUGUGCUCCCCGGGCCGACUGGCCAGCGGGCGCGGGGCGGGGGCGGGAAGCCGGGCUCGGGCCCGGCCGGGCGCCGGGCGGCGGCGGCCGUGGAGCAGCAGCCUCGGUGCGACGUGGAGGGCUGGAGGCGGCGGCGAUGCACUAGGCCUCGCUCAGGGCGACUGCCCCGGGACCCGCAGUUGAGUGGUGAUUUUAUGCAAUGGCUUCAAGCCACAGUUCUUCACCAGUGCCUCAAGGAAGCAGCAGUGAUGUUUUCUUUAAAAUAGAGGUAGAUCCGUCAAAACACAUUCGACCUGUGCCAUCACUGCCAGAUGUGUGUCCCAAGGAACCCACAGGUGAUUCACAUAGUUUAUAUGUUGCCCCAUCUCUAGUUACAGAUCAACAUAGAUGGACUGUAUAUCAUUCCAAAGUAAAUCUCCCAGCAGCAUUAAAUGAUCCUAGAUUAGCAAAAAGAGAAUCUGACUUCUUCACAAAAACAUGGGGAUUGGACUUUGUGGACACUGAAGUCAUACCUUCAUUCUACCUCCCACAGAUCAGCAAGGAACAUUUUACAGUAUAUCAACAGGAAAUCUCUCAGAGAGAGAAGAUUCAUGAGAGAUGCAAGAAUAUUUGUCCUCCUAAAGAUACCUUCGAAAGGACUCUUUUACAUACUCAUGAUAAAUCCAGGACAGAUCUGGAGCAAGUACCUAAGAUUUUUAUGAAACCAGAUUUUGCCUUGGAUGAUUCCUUAACUUUUAAUUCAGUUUUACCAUGGUCUCAUUUUAAUACUGCUGGUGGAAAAGGAAAUCGUGAUGCAGCUUCCUCAAAGUUGCUUCAAGAAAAGCUGAGCCAUUAUCUGGAUAUUGUGGAAGUAAACAUUGCUCACCAGAUCUCUCUACGUUCAGAAGCAUUUUUUCAUGCAAUGACCUCUCAACACGAGUUGCAGGACUACCUCAAGAAAACUUCCCAGGCUGUAAAAAUGCUUCGAGAUAAAAUUGCACAGAUUGAUAAAGUAAUGUGUGAAGGAUCACUCCACAUUUUAAGACUGGCACUUACCAGAAAUAAUUGUGUUAAAGUAUACAAUAAGCUGAAGUUAAUGGCCACUGUACACCAGACUCAGCCUACAGUACAGGUGUUAUUAUCUACUUCUGAAUUUGUUGGAGCAUUGGACUUAAUAGCAACAACACAAGAGGUUCUACAGCAGGAACUUCAGGGCAUUCACAGUUUCCGGCAUUUGGGAUCACAGCUUUGUGAAUUAGAAAAACUGAUAGAUAAAAUGAUGAUUGCAGAAUUUUCUACUUAUUCUCACAGUGACUUAAAUAGACCACUGGAAGAUGACUGUCAAGUUUUAGAAGAGGAAAGACUAAUAUCUCUUGUAUUUGGACUUUUAAAACAAAGAAAGCUUAAUUUUUUAGAAAUCUAUGGUGAAAAAAUGAUUAUUACAGCAAAGAAUAUCAUUAAACAGUGUGUGAUUAAUAAAGUUUCACAAACAGAAGAAAUAGACACAGAUGUUGUUGUGAAGCUUGCAGAUCAGAUGAGAAUGUUGAAUUUUCCCCAGUGGUUUGAUCUGCUCAAGGAUAUUUUCUCUAAGUUUACAAUUUUCCUACAGAGAGUGAAGGCAACAUUAAAUAUCAUUCACAGUGUUGUUCUCUCAGUUCUUGACAAAAACCAAAGGACUAGAGAAUUGGAAGAGAUUUCACAACAGAAGAAUGCUGCAAAAGAUAAUUCACUGGACACAGAGGUGGCUUAUUUAAUCCAUGAAGGCAUGUUUAUAAGUGAUGCAUUCGGUGAGGGUGAGCUAACACCUAUAGCAGUUGACACUACCUCUCAAAGAAAUGCAUCUCCAAAUAGUGAGCCCUGCAGCAGUGAUUCUGUAUCCGAGCCAGAAUGUACUACUGAUUCUUCAUCCAGCAAAGAGCACACAUCAUCAUCUGCUAUUCCAGGAGGUGCGGAUAUUAUGGUCAGUGAAGAUAUGAAAUUAACUGACUCAGAGCUAGGAAAGCUGGCAAAUAAUAUCCAGGAAUUAUUAUAUAGUGCCUCAGAUAUAUGCCAUGAUCGAGCUGUCAAAUUUCUCAUGUCAAGAGCAAAGGAUGGUUUUCUUGAGAAGCUAAAUUCCAUGGAAUUCAUAACACUUUCUAGAUUAAUGGAAACAUUCAUUUUAGACACCGAACAGAUCUGUGGAAGAAAAAGCACGUCAUUACUUGGAGCACUUCAGAGCCAAGCUAUUAAGUUUGUAAAUAGGUUUCAUGAAGAGAGAAAAACCAAGCUCAGCCUCCUCUUAGACAAUGAGCGCUGGAAGCAAGCAGAUGUUCCUGCAGAAUUUCAGGAUCUUGUUGAUUCUCUGUCAGAUGGGAAGAUUGCUUUACCUGAAAAAAAAUCAGGAGCCACAGAAGAAAGGAAACCAGCUGAAGUUCUUAUUGUCGAGGGACAACAGUAUGCAGUUGUUGGAACCGUAUUGCUGUUAAUAAGAAUUAUCCUUGAAUAUUGCCAGUGCGUGGAUAACAUCCCAUCUGUUACUACUGACAUGCUUACUCGUCUGUCAGAUUUAUUGAAGUACUUCAAUUCAAGAAGUUGCCAGUUAGUUCUUGGAGCUGGUGCACUGCAAGUUGUUGGACUAAAAACGAUAACUACAAAAAAUUUGGCUCUUUCUUCACGAUGUUUGCAGUUAAUUGUGCACUACAUUCCUGUGAUCCGGGCUCAUUUUGAAGCUCGACUACCACCUAAGCAAUAUAGCAUGCUUAGGCAUUUUGAUCAUAUCACUAAGGACUACCAUGAUCACAUAGCUGAAAUAUCAGCUAAGCUUGUAGCGAUAAUGGAUAGCUUAUUUGACAAGCUGUUAUCUAAGUAUGAAGUGAAGGCUCCUGUUCCUUCUGCCUGUUUCAGGAAUAUUUGUAAGCAAAUGACAAAAAUGCACGAAGCUAUAUUUGAUCUCCUUCCAGAAGAACAAACACAGAUGUUAUUUUUAAGAAUUAAUGCAAGUUAUAAACUCCACUUGAAAAAGCAGUUAUCUCACUUAAAUGUGAUAAAUGAUGGAGGACCUCAAAAUGGGUUGGUCACAGCAGAUGUAGCUUUUUACACUGGAAAUCUUCAAGCCUUAAAAGGCCUUAAAGAUUUGGACCUAAAUAUGGCCGAAAUUUGGGAGCAGAAGAGGUGAUGUCAUCCUGGAAAACUGGGUAGUUCAUCUGACCAUGGGAUGUGUUUGUUAUGAAGAAAAUCUGGAUGCCUGUGAUUCGAGAAUUGAACCUGAAACCCAAAGUGAACUGGGGUGGGGGAAGGGAAAAAGGAAAGUAUCAAGUGUUGGGAAACUGGAUUCAGUGGGAUCUACAAGGAAUGUCAUUUUUGUGCAUCCUACAGUGAGGAGUAACUGAUCAGGUGUCUAUAACAUUUUUCAUUCUCUCUGGAAACAGACUCAGGUUUCUUUGGACCAAAUCCAAAAGAACACAUAGCUGUAACACAGCUGUAGUUGACUAGAAUGCUCUGUAUACUUUAUAUUAAAAAAUGCUUUGCAUUUCUUCCAGUGCAAUGAAAUUCAUAUGGUGUCCCACCUUAUUUAAUGAUGGUACAAUUUAAAAUCUUAGUCAACUUCUGUAGAAAGUUUUCUCUAUGAAAGUAAAGCUGUUUGAAAAAUUAUUAUUUUUUUACAGAUCUUUCUAUAAAAAAUAAACAUCUUUUGAUUGCUUGGAUUUAGGAAUUCAAUUUUUGUUUCAGUGACCAAUGUCAAGUUGCAGGCUUUGUGUGUUGCAUAUUUAAUAUUUCUACUACCACCGUAUGUCAACUGGGUAAAGCCUUCCAGAGCUCUCUAAAUACCUGAAAGACUUAAGUCUUUUUUUUAAGUAAUUAAUACUUAAAAAAAAAAAAAGAUACCGGCAUCUAUUUAUGCAACUAAAUACUUUUCAGAAAUGGUAUAUAAAAGGCUACAGUUUAAUAUCUGUAUUUUUAUAAAAGUAUGAUGAAGGGUUUGGGGUGUUUUUAUUUGUAGCAGAGGUAAGAAUAUGUAUUCAUAUAAUCUGCCUACUUUUGAGUUCUCAUAUUAACAUUUAGAUAACAUAUGAAGUAUGGCCCCCUUGGAUCCUUGUUUUUAAGUUACUUUCGAUGUGUAUACGAACAAAGACCAGGGAGAAACAGAACUUUUAAAACUAUAGGCUGCUGUGUUGGGGCCAGAAAUAAGGUGACAAGACUUUUAUAAUACCUACCUUCAAAAUUAGAAUCAGCAGCACUCUACAAAUAAAGUGCCUGUGCUUCACCUCACACCAAGAAUCUUGCCUAACCCUGUCAGAGUGCCUAAUAUCCUGUGGUGAUUAUGUAUAAUGAAACAGUCUUAUUUUGUGCUCUUUGGUUUCUUAAAAGGAAAGCUUGUUUUCUUUCCUUUAUCAUUACAGAGGUAUGUCUUUGGUUCUUAAACUAUCUGUCUAAAAUAAAGCUGUAAAAAAUUAACAGAC